AUGGUAAGAACAAAAAAUCCUGCACAUCAUUUUGAUACUUUAACGACAUUGUCAUCAGUGGCUGGAGAUUCAGUGCCGCUGGAUGAAUCAUACGCUUCUACUCCACUUCGACCAUCUCCUAGAUCGAAUUUCUCUAGUGCUAGUCGGGGCGGACGUCCUUUUCUGCAUCUUGCUGCAAAGAAGCCUUUAAUUAAAAAAUCCAGUCGUGCACCGUCCAAACGCUACAGGCCUGGAGCUAGAGCUUUAAGGGAAAUACGCCAUUUCCAAAAAACUACAGAUCGAUUAAUUCCAGCCGCUCCUUUUAUGAGGUUGGUUCGGGAAAUUGCCAAUGAGUGCUCUUUUAUUAAAGAUGGAGUGAGGUUUCAAUCAGAAGCCGUAAAGGCGCUUCAGGAGAGUGCAGAAGCAUUUUUGGUUAUGAUAUUUGAGCAAGCGAACUUUCUGGCCCUUCACGGUAGGAGAGUGACUGUGAUGCCACGAGAUAUACAGUUAUGGCGACUCAUAAAAGAAUUUUGA